AUGGGCGUCACGAGGCGAGCGCUGGGGGCUGAGGUCAAGUCGCUGCAGUACUUCCUGAACCGCACGGCGGUGCUGAACCAGUACCGCGAGUUUCUGCGCACCACGAAGCCGCUGGCCGACGAUGUGCGGCAGGACGUGCGGCGCCAGGUGCGCGCGGGCUUCGAUGCCUACCGCAACGAGGAGGACGAGCGCCGCGUGGGUCUGCUGCUGCGGCAGGCGCGCGACCAGCUCAAGAUGGUGAGCGACCUGGUGGACACGGCGGUGGCGCAGCAGCGCAGCGCCGAGAGCAAGCGCGACUGGAAGAAGGGCGACUGGGCCGCUUCGAAGCAGCAAGCGCCCGCUGCUGCUGCUCCGGUGGAGGCAAAGGACACGUGGAUGGACUCACCGUCGGACGGUGAAGACGGCAAGGACGACGUCAAGGGACGAGUGGGCACUGGCUGGCCCUGGAAGAGCGACAAGGGCACAGACAAGCUCGACCUGGAAGGCAUCAAGCGGCGCUGACCAAAAGAGCGGAGUAUUGCAAGCGUCGCUCAUGGCGGGAGGAUCGUAGAACUCGUCUUCGCGUUUAGAUAGAGAAGGCGUGAAAACGCUCUUGCUGCGGCGUACGCGAGGUCAAAGGUCAAGCAGUCGAUGCCAACCUCAGGUUAAUAUUAAAUGCUACAGUACCUGAGAAUAUCGA